AUGGCAAAUUUGCGCGCUAGAAGACCUUUAAGGGUUCCACGUCUUACUCGUAGACAAAUUGCUGCUCGUCUCCAGUGGGCUAGAAAACAUCAGGAGUGGCUUUUACCACAGUGGCGCAAUGUGGUAUUUACAGAAGAGGUUAGGUUUGGACUGGUGAGUGAUGACCGUAGAAUAAGGGUUUCGAGAGAACCAGGACAUCAACAGCGACUAAAUUUGGCCCGAGAAGUUGUCCCAUAUCAGGGCGGAUCAAUAAUAUUUUGGGGAGGCAUAAUGUUUAACCACCGGAGUUUCUUAAUUCAGAUCCAGGGGACAAUGACUGCAGAAAUUUAUGAAGAAAAUGUCAUACAACCCAUUAUUCAACCUUUGCGAAAUAAAUUCGGUAACAACUCCAUUUUCAUGGAUGAUAAUGCAAGGCCACAUAGAACGAGAAGGGUCCAGCGGGCACUAGAAAGGGGCCAAAUAGUGAAAUUGCCGUGGCUUGCGAACAGCCCAGACAUGAACCCCAUUGAAAACAUUUGGGACACUAUAGCUCGAGCCGUACGGAACAGAAUAGAUCCACCUACAACCCUAAAUGAGCUUGCUGCAGCAGUAAAUGAAUAG